AUGCCGCAGCUUCAGUGCAAAAUAAUUGAGGAGCUGCUCCGAAAGCCUUUUGGUCCAUAUCGCGACGAAGAAGUACUCAGUGCAGAAUGCCAAAGCAAGCCAGGAAAGACACUGGUACUGAAUUCAUUUCAGCUGGCUUACGACGACGAGAUUAUUGGUCUCGAUGAAUCCGAGCAACCUCUAGGUACCGGAGAGGUCGACACUCGACAGUACCGCUUUCGUGGAAUUCUUAGCAUACACUCGCCCGUUUGGCUAUCUCAAGUCGGUGUCAAACGAGUGGAAGCGGAGCUCAAUCUGCGUGCCAACACGCGUAGUAUGCGUGAAGGGGAACGUCCUACCCCCACAAUAACGAUCGAAGGACUAUUUAAUAAGAAAACAGGAUAUCUUGGGCGUACGCCCGUACCAGGUGACAACGAGUUCAAGCUUGAGCUCAGGUUGAAAAUCCAGGGUUUCAAGAACUUCCCAGCUCUCUAUAUGAUAUCCAAGCUAGUUCCAGAUGGAUUGUUCUGGCAUUCCAAAGACUGUAACCGCGCCUACGAAGUUGCAACAAUGGACAUCUACACCUUCCAGCUCUCCGAGAACUUCUUCUGGCGCUACCGUCUCCUUGCUCUCAUGACAAAGAUUGUUGGAGAGGGACGAACGCCGCUCGAAAAGCGAACCCCUGAGUGGUUUGUGUCCCAAUACCUCGAACGGUUUGCUCAUCCUGCCAGUGACGAACACGAGCGACUCAUCUACGACUCUACCGAUUCCGAUAUUGUUGAUAUCGACGAAGGCAGGACUCGCUUGCCCCGUCACCCAAGGCGAAUACACAGGCGCGAUAUUCUAGGGCUAUUUGCUGCCCAGUCGGAAUGGUUCGUUACUGAUAACGAAGUAAAGCGCAAGCGGAUUUUCCCCUUCAAACCAUGGAAUGCAUUUAGGAAGGAAGUCAGAAAAGCAAGAUGGCAAGCUGCACGCAACAACGUCAUUUGGGGCUGGCCAGUUGGUCAUGAUGAGGAUGAUGAAGAUAGUGAGGACACAAGAAAUGUGGUGGAGCGGAAUCCCAUCAUUGGAAAGACAAAUGAGAUUGUGCGCCGUAAAAUUGACAGAGCCAAGACCAGACGAACCCCACCGUCUGCCCGGCGUGUCAACGAACCCAGUUCGUCGUCGUCCUCAGAUGAACUCGAUCCUGCUAGGGCACAUGCAUAUAUGUCGGAUUUUUCUCGGGAAUCAUCUAGUACUGCUUCUGAUUCUUCGGAUGAAUCCGUAGACGAGCGCCUAUCAGAUUUCGGAGAGCUCAUUCCACGCCAGUUGUCUCAAGUCCCGGAGUUACCAGGCCCCGAUAACCGCUGGUGGUGUCCUGUACCAGAUUGCGGACACAUGGUUGACUUGCAACAUCUCACACGAGAUGACAUAAAAGCCCUCUCAGCAACCACCGUUUUCUAUCUCAUGGAGAAGAAAUGGCGGAGUAUUCGAGAAGAUGAGAGAGCUAAGAAAUGUUUUUUUGAAAUGGUGUCUAAGCAUUACGAGGAUCAUUUUGCAGACCUUGGCUUAAGGUUUGUUCAGACUAGGGGAAGGGUAAGCAGGUCAAGGCCUGUCUUUUACAAUCGUUAA